AUGAGCAACACUGAACAAAAAGCUCUUGCAACAUUUAGUAGACUAUUUCAACAAAACAUUGAAUUAAUAAAAAAAGAUACCGAUAUAAAAGCAGAAGUUGAAAAAUUAAGAGAAGAAAAUAAACAAUUAAAAGAAGAA